AUGGGGAACUCCUCUCCACAAAUAAAACUGAUCAACAAACAACAAACAAUGUGUAUUCUAUUAGCAACAACAGCCCAUCCCCAGUAUGAACUUAUUCUAAUAUCUAAUAGGGACGAAUUCUUUGAGAGGAAAACACACGUAUCGUGCUGGCAUAACGAUGAUUUUAUAUUGUCCCCUUUCGACAUGGCAAAAUCCUGCGAACUACAUGAAAAGAAAAUAUUCGGUACCUGGAUAGGCAUAAAUAGAGAUGCAAAGAUAGCGACUAUAUUGAAUUUGAAGCUAGAGAGUCAACUAGACUUGAAACAGUUAGUAAAGCCCCAAUCUAGAGGUAUGAUACCGUUCGUAUUUCUUUCCGAGCAUGAUUCAGAUUUCAAUAAAUGGGAUACAUAUGAGAAGUUUGAUGGUAAAUACAAUUACUUGCGGAAGACGGGUGAUUUCAAUUUUUUUUAUGGAGAUCCAUUGAAUGAUGAAUAUAGGAUCAUAGAUUCAAAGGGGAAUACUUUUAAAGUUUUGAGUGGUGAUCCUUAUUUGACUGUUUCCAAUGAUAUGUUUGCAACAGGUGGAAUUACUGUAGAAAGAGCUUCAAAUAAUAGGAUAGCAGAAUGGAGGAAGAUAAAAUUUGGGAAAAUUCUACUGCAAGAUCUAGUCGAAGAAUCGAAAUCUUUAGACGAGGAUAUGUUAAUAGAAAAAUGCUUUAAACUUGCAUCUACAUGCUCAGUACAACCCAAAGAGAACACUAAAUUUAAUCAAAAUUCAACACUCCCAAUGGAAACAAUAUUUGUUCCGCCACUGGAAUGUGAAGUAAAUGACGACAUUGGUACAUCUUUGUCAGUGGGGAAAUAUUACGGUACAAGGUCUCAAAUAGUGAUUCUGAUAAGUAAAAAUCAUGAAAGGGUAAAAUUGGUGGAACACAUUCUUUACACUUCCGAUAAUGAUAUCCAACAUUAUUCAUCUACUAAUCCAAAAGAGGUUAAAUCUUUUGAAUUCAAACCUAACAUUCAAAAGAACUAG